AUGUACAAUGAGCUUUCGAAGCGAUAUAGUAGUUACAUAGAUGCAUUUGAUGCAUUGUACAAGCUAAAUACAUCCAAUGAAGACGAAAUAAACAAAAUUUAUCAAAAAAUAAAAACACAAUUAAUUGAAGGGGAAAACCUUUCGCCAUCACUGAUUUGUAAUAAAAUCGAAAAUGCUGCACGCUUGAAUAAUCGCUACAUCAAAUCAUAUUUGAAAUUGAAUCAAAAAGUUUCUGAAGAGUAUCAUCUCGAUAAUAGAUUUUUAAGACAAUUCACUUUAGAAUACACUCGUAUACUACGAAUUCAAGAUAUUACAGUUAUCAGAUUAUUAAUCAAUGAUGACUUGAAAUCAUUUAUUCCGUAUUCAUUAAAUAAAGACUGUAUACUAUGUCAAAAUGUGUUCUGUUUUAUGUUUCCUUUCUUAAUGAUGAACGUACUUGAACUAUGUUGUUAUUACGGAGCUGUCAAUUGUUUUAAAUUUUUAAGAUCAGAAUUUAAUUUUGGAAUAACUCGAUUAUGUCUUCAAUAUUCAUUUUUGGGUGGAAAUCAAGAAAUUAUAAAUGAAUGCUUGAAAUAUCAAAUACCAGAUGAUGAAUCCAUGAAAUAUGCAAUAGCUUCACACAACUUAGAUUUUGUAACAUUUUUAAUGUAUGAACAUAAUUUAAAAAUCGAUUUGGAAGAAUGUGCAAACUCUAAUAAUCUCAAUGCAUUUUUUGUUUAUUUUGAUCAAACUAAUGAUGUUAAUGAAUGCUUCGUUCAUUCACCUCUUUUUGGAAUUCCAUCUCUUUGUGAAUUUUUCAGAAUGCAAGUAUCCGAUAUCGAUGCAAAAAGUAUAUCCUUAGGAUAUUCUGCCCUUCAUUUGACAGCUAAUUACAAUUGCAUAGAGGAAUCAAAACUAUUGAUUUCAUUUGGUAUUAACAUCAAUGCAAAAAAUAAUGAUGGGGAAACUCCUCUAAUUGUUGCAUCAAAAUCUAAUCAUGAAAAAAUGGUUGAUCUCCUAGUAUUAUAUGGCGCUGAUAUCAAUGAAAAAGAUAAUACUGGAAAGACAGCACUUCAUUAUGCUGCAAGGAAUAAUAAUGAUGAAUCUAUAGAUAUACUUCUUUUACACGAUGCCGAUCUAAAUGCAGUAGAUAAUAGUGGGAAAAAACCAGCUUUACGGUGGCACAAGAAAUUAGUUCAUGGUUUCCAUGAAAUAUCAAAAUAUUUUGACAAAAAACUCAGACAUUAG